CGGCGGCUCCGCGGCUCCCGCGUCCUCCUCCACGUCGCCGCCGCCCCCCGCAGCAGCCCGCCCGGUCCCCGCCUCCCCCCGCAGCUCCGGCGGCGGCCGCCUCGCUGGGUCCCUGGUACCAGGUGGGAGUGGGACCUGCGGGGCCACGCUGCCAGCGACCCCGUCGCCGGGCGCGAGCCGGCAGGGCCCCGGGCUGCUGCCGCCGGACCCCGGGCGUCUGCCCCGCGCCGGUGUCGGCCACAGCCUCGGGCCGGAGGGGCCGCUCGGUCCCUGCACCGGGGUGACCGGGGAUCGCGGGCGGGAGGGCGCCUGCAGCUGCGGCUGGAAGGCGCCGGGGCUCGGGUCUGGAAGCGGAUGCGCCGGCCCUGGCCUCCCAGACGCCGUUGAUUCGGGGACCGCCCCCGAGCGCGGGGACAGGUGCCCUGGCCGGGGUCUGUUGGGAAGAUGGCGACCCCGGGCAUGAGCUGGCAGCAGCACCAUUACGGCGGCUCGGCGGCCGGGGCGACCAAAUUCACGCCCUCGCCGGCCGCCGCGCAGCAGGCGGGACACGGCAUGGACUACAGCCAGGACCUGCACCUGAAAAUGAGCAAGAAAAUCGCCCAGCUCACCAAGGUAAUAUAUGCUUUGAACACUAAGAAUGAUGAGCAUGAGUCUGCAAUUCAAGCCCUCAAAGAUGCUCAUGAAGAAGAAAUCCAACAAAUUCUAGCUGAAACAAGAGAAAAAAUAUUGCAAUAUAAAAGCAAAGUAACAGAGGAGUUAGACCUUAAGCGGAAGAUUCAAGUUUUAGAGGCAUCAUUAGAGGAUCACGUGAAAAUGAAGCAGCAGGCUUUGACAGAAUUUGAAGCGUACAAGCACAGAGUUGAGGACAUGCAGCUUUGUGCAGAAGCCCAGCACGUCCAACGCAUAGUAACCAUGUCUAGAGAGGUUGAAGAGAUUAGAAGGAAAUUCGAGGAAAGAUUACGGAGUUUUGGACAACUGCAAGUACAGUUUGAAAAAGACAAGCGGUUAGCAUUGGAAGACUUGCGAACUGCUCACAGACGGGAGAUCCAAGAGCUGCUGAAGUCUCAGCAGGAUCACAGUGUCUCUGUGAAUAGGGGUCAGGAGAAGGCAGAGGAGCUGCACCGAAGGGAGGUGGAGGCCUUAAACAAAACUCUCGAGGAGCGAAGACUGGAACGGAAAAAAAUAAUUGAGGAUUAUGAAGGCAAGUUGAAUAAAGCUCAGUGCUUUUAUGAACGUGAGCUUGAUAAUUUGAAAAGAUCACAGCUCUUCACAGCGGAAAGUCUACAGGUUAGCAAAGAAAAGGAAGCUGAUCUUAGAAAAGAAUUUCAGGGACAAGAAGCAGCUUUACGAAAAACCAUCGGGAAAUUAAAGACAGAAUUGCAGAUGGUCCAGGAUGAAGCUGCAAGUCUUCGUGACAAAUGCCAAAAUCUUCAGGUAGCACUUGCCACGGUGGAGAACAAUGUUCAGGUAUCUACAAUACCAAGUGGGAGUUCUGGACACUCUUUCUCCUUCCCUCAGCAGCCGAGCAUGUUGAAAAGUGUCUGUUCUCCUUGCCCCUUGCUCACCUCCCCUUCACUCCUUCCCCGGGUGCAGCCUGGCUUCUCUUGCCACCACCCCACAGACUCUGCCUUCGCCUCAGGCCCCAGUGACAUCCUGGUUGCUGGACUUGGCAGAUCUUGUCUUACUGUGAAAGUAAAUGAAGCAGAGAAAACUCAGCGAGAAUAUUAUGAGAUGGAGCUAAAAAACCUGCAAAAUAGAUUGGAAGGGGAGGUGGCACAAUUAAACGAGGCCCAUUCUAAGACUUUGGAAGAAUUGGCCUGGAAGCACCACAUGGCAAUUGAGACUGUCCACAGUAAUGCAACUAGGGAUAAGAAAAAGCUGCAAAUGGGAUUUUGUUUUCGGGGAGUAGGUCAUAUUGGAAUGCUUCAAGCAACUCAGAUGACCCAGGAGGUUACAAUUAAAGAUCUAGAAUCAGAAAAAUCAAGGGCCAACGAGAGAUUAUCUCAGCUUGAAGAAGAAAGAGCUUUGUUGCAAAGCAAAACCCAGAGUCUGGAUGAAGAGCAGAAGCAACAGACUCUGGAACUGGAGAAGAUCGGCUGCCUCCAAGAGCUGGUAAGGAAAAGCGAGCAAGGCCUGGGCUCCGCAGAAGGCCUCAUUGCUAGUCUUCAGGACUCCCAAGGAAGACUUCAAAAUGAGCUUGACUUGACGAAAGGCAGGCUGAAGGAGACCAAGGAUGCUCUAUUACAUGUUGAGGGUGAGCUAGAACAAGAAAGGCAGCAGCAUGAAGAAAUGCUUGCUGCCAUGAAAGAAGAAGAGAAGCUCAGAGUGGACAAAAUGGCUCAUGACUUAGAAAUAAAAUGGACUGAAAAUCUUAGACAAGAAUGUUCUAAACUUCGUGAAGAGUUAAGGCUUCAACAUGAAGAGGAUAAGAAGUCAGCAAUGUCUCAACUUUUGCAGUUAAAAGAGCGAGAGAAAAAUGCAGCCAGAGAUUCAUGGCAGAAGAAAGUAGAAGACCUCUUAAGCCAGAUUUCCUUGCUGAAGCAGAACCUGGAGAUGCAGCUUUCCCAGUCUCAGACUUCUUUGCAGCAGCUGCAAGCCCAGUUCACACAAGAACGACAACGACUUACACAAGAGCUUGAAGAAUUAGAGGAACAACAUCAACAGAGACAUAAAUCUUUAAAAGAAGCACAUGUCCUUGCAUUUCAAACUAUGGAAGAAGAAAAGGAAAAGGAACAAAGAGCUCUUGAAAACCAUUUACAACAAAAGCAUUCUGCAGAGCUUCAGUCAUUAAAAGAUGCACACAGAGAGUCAUUGGAGGGCUUCCGGAUAGAAAUGGAACAGGAACUUCAGACUCUUCGGUUUGAAUUAGAAGAUGAAGGAAAGGCUAUGCUUGCUUCCUUACGCUCAGAACUGAACCAUCAACAUGCAGCUGCAAUUGACUUGUUACGGCAUAAUCAUCAUCAAGAACUGGCAGCUGCCCAAAUGGAGUUAGAGAGAAGCAUAGACAUCAGCAGAAGACAGAGUAAGGAGCACAUGAACAGAACAACAGAUCUACAAGAGGAAUUAAGGCACAGAGAGCUUCACAUUUCUGAUUUGGAUAAGGAGGUACAGCACCUUCAUGAAAAUAUAAGUGCCCUAACCAAAGAAUUGGAAUUUAAGGGGAAAGAAAUUCUCAGAAUACGAAGUGACUCUAACCAACAAAUGAGGUUGCAUGAACAAGAUUUAAACAAGAGACUUGAAAAAGAGUUGGAUGUCAUGACAGCAGACCACCUCAGAGAGAAAAAUAUCAUGCGGGCAGAUUUUAAUAAGACUAACGAGCUACUCCAGGAAAUAAAUGCGGCUUUACAAGUGUCACUAGAAGAAAUGGAAGAAAAAUAUCUAAUGAGAGAAUCAAAACCAGAAGAUAUACAGAUGAUUACAGAAUUAAAAGCCAUGCUUACAGAAAGAGACCAGGUCAUAAAGAAACUAAUUGAGGAUAAUAAAUUUUAUCAGCUGGAAUUAGUCAAUCGAGAAACAAACUUCAACAAAGUGUUUAAUUCAAGUCCUACUGUUGGUGUUAUUAAUCCAUUGACUAAGGGACUGUCCUCACAUGUUUUAUUUUUAAUGCAGCAAAAGAAGAAGAAUGAUAAAUCACCAACAAGCAGGUUUGUAAGUGUUCCCAAUCUAAGUGCUCUGGAAUCUGGUGGAGUGGGCAAUGGACAUCCUAACCGCCUGGAUCCCAUUCCUAAUUCUCCAGUCCAUGACAUUGAGUUCAACAGCAGCAAACCACUUCCACAGCCAGUGCCACCCAAAGAGGCCAAGAUGUUUUUGAGCCCUCCUCCGAGUGAAGCCUCCCCCAUGGCCUCUCCGGAUCGCCAGCGCCAGGAGUGGUUUGCCCGGUACUUCACAUUCUGAAAGAACGGUGUUGGCACAGCUCUGUGUGGACUGUAACUGAGAGCAUGACCCUCCAGAUGGUUAUGUGUGCAGGCUUUCCUGUGGCCAACACUGUGAAUGAGAAAGCACUUGUCGCUCCAAUUUGAAAAUGCACUGUAUUUCCUGUGAUAUUUAUUGGAAUCACUCUAUAAGGUACUACCGGGGGUGCCAAAAACAAUGUAUACACAUUUUAAGAGAUGUUAUCUAUGCUCAAGCAGUAGUUUGCUGGAAU